AUGCUACUUCCGGCUCCACCUUCGAGACGGUUGUUGUUGGCAGCUCCUCCUUCUUCUUCUGAACAUGAUUCGCAAACUGCUGGGCAAGUAGCUGUUCGACAAGCAAGCCAACACUCUGCUCCGGCAGAAGCCCAACAGCCUCUUGCUGAUACUGAAAGAAUUACUAGGUCUGCUGCGGGUGCUGCGGGUGCUGCGGGUGCUGCAGGUGCUGCGAGUGCUGCGAAAGUGCCUGCUCCGUCGUCCAGACACCGUCAUCGAGAAGCUUCUCGGGACACAGUUGUUGUUAACAAAAGAUUGGCUGAUUUGAUUGAGCAAAAUGGCUAUUAUGUUCCUAACAGUGCACUUCAGCGGCUGGCGCGAAAAGAAAAUUCUUCAUUAAUUUUAAAUCGCACAAAUUUAAUUACCCGGCCUACUGAUAACCUUCCACUGAAAGUAUCCUCAGAAAAUUCGACUUCAAGCUCUUCACCAAGAUUGGAAAAUGAAGCCACGAAUGAUUCUCCUACAACACCUUCUACUCCUGCUUCUUUGUCCUCGGAAUCAUCUGCACAUUCGGUGCCAGUGGUUACUUCGCCAACCUCCUCUGCUGUGACGUCUCCCACAUUAGAAAGCUCUUCUUCUCGUCGUGAUCAUCAAACCACUCCUCCCUCGUCUUCGAAUCGCAUGCUGUCAAUAGCACAACGCAAUAUCUUACGCAGCGCGGCUGAAGCCAUCUCAAGAAUCGACUUAGGAGCUUUAAGAAAUCUGCGAAAAAGAAAUCGCUCUGCAAGCCCAACCACUACAGCAUCGGGCUUACUUUGGGGCUCUCGCUCCUCUGAUCGGCACAGUGAUAAACUGAAACUCUCGAACUCUGAGUCAGCUUUGGACUCGGAACCUAGGUCACUGCUACAUGGCUUGCCACCUCUUCCCUUUCUUUCUCACACUCACUCGGCAACACACAAUGUCCCUACUACUUCAACAUCAGUGGAUGAAGACUCAGUCGUUAGCACUGACUCGCCGUCCCACUCUCCCGCCUCCACACCCGAAAUUGAAGUUGAGGCUACAAGCGAUGAAAUCUUAACCGCAGCACCCUACAAUUCUGACUCCCAGGGCUCAUCAGAACACUUAGCUGACGGCAUUGAUUUCUUACAUGAAACUUUUGUUUCUUCGCCUGCUGAUGAUGAAAUUAUUUUUGUUGAUGAAUCGGCAAGCCCAUCAGGAGAUCCGUCUGCCGGGGCUGCCGACGAUGUCAUUGGCAUUGGCUGCAUCUACUCGAACUCUGAAGAACCAACUGUGAAAGCCCGCAUGGCGUCUGGAAGACUUGACACACUCAACGCUAUUAACAUUAAGCUUCCAAUUUUGAGAAAUGACAUCAAAGUGUCAGAAUCUAGCAAACCAGGUCUCUACUUUACGGCUCCUGAUGUGGAGAAUGUUAGAGCUCUUAUCAGCGACAGAGAUUGGGCCGAUCUUAAGGAUCGCCCUGCCUUCAUUCGAUUUCCGAAUGUGGGAGUGGCGCUGCUCGACCCUGGCAAGAAGCUAAAAGGGACCCACGGUCACUUGAGGAAGCCAACAACAGAAGAUAAGCGCUUCUGGUUUGAUGCGGCCUAUUCGGAAUUUGCUGCCAUUGAUGGAAAUCAUGUCUACCAAGUUGUGCCCCCGGCGGGUCGCAAAGCCCUUGGCACCAAAUGGGUGCUGAAGAAGAAACUCAACACGGAUGGUUCAAUUGACAAGUACAAGGCUCGUCUUGUUGUUCAGGGGUUUCGUCAGAAGUUUGGUGUUGACUAUGUUGACACCUUUGCGCCAGUGAUGAGAUUCAGCACUGUUCGUCUCAUUUUCGCCCUAAGUGCGGCGAAGAACUGCGAGAUGCACCACGUCGAUGUUAAAAAUGCUUUCUUGAAUGGAGAUCUAGAAGAAGACAUCUAUGUCAAGCCACCAACAGGAAUUGACCAUAAUACCCCUCCUGGCAUGGUCUGGAAGCUGAAUAAAAGCUUAUAUGGACUGGAAGCAAGCCCCUCUGUGUUGGAACAAGAAGCUUGUUGA